UUCCAAAGCGGACCCUCAAGGCACCGCCCACAUCCGUCUAGCAUCACUUCCUUCAGUGUUUGGAGAGAAAAAAAUCUGGGAAUCCGAGGGGUUGGGCUGAGCGGCGAUCCGAGGGUAGAGCGCAGCUGCUGCUGGAAAUCCUGUGUUCCCUCCAUCCGGUGGCUCUGUGCAACUAACCCGGUGGAGAUGUCGCUUCGUUUCGGGGCCACCUGUUUGCUGAGCUUCAGCAUCCUGCUUCUCAUCACUUCUUCAGACGGACACACUGGGCUCGGAAAGGGUUUUGGAGACCACAUUCACUGGAGGACUCUAGAAGAUGGGAAGAAAGAAGCAGCUGCAAGUGGCUUGCCGCUGAUGGUGAUCAUCCACAAGUCUUGGUGUGGAGCCUGCAAAGCUUUAAAACCCAAAUUUGCAGAAUCUACAGAAAUUUCAGAACUGUCCCAUAAUUUUGUUAUGGUAAAUCUGGAGGAUGAAGAGGAACCCAGGGAUGAAGACUUCAGCCCUGAUGGGGGUUACAUCCCACGCAUCCUUUUCUUGGAUCCCAGUGGCAGGGUGCGUCCUGAAAUCAUCAAUGAGAGCGGAAACCCCAGCUACAAGUAUUUCUACGUCAGUGCUGAGCAAGUUGUUCAAGGGAUGAAGGAAGCUCAGGAGAGGCUGACGGGCGACGCCUUCAGAGAGAAACACUUUCAGGAUGAGUUGUGACCUAAUGAGUGUUCUGGAAGAAAAGCAGCAGGGAGAGAACCCUGAAGAAUCACCCAGAACAGUUACACCACCGGAAACCAUGCUUCUACCUACACCGGAAGGAGCUCUCACUGUGGGAGAGGCCUGCUGACAGAAGCUGGUCUGUGGAGCCUGCAGCGUGGCCGACUGACUGUCAUCUGCUCCCUCUCACCUAAAUUUCCAUUCCUUUGAAUGUAAAAAAUGAAACUAUUUGAUACAAAACUUGAGCCACGUGGAGAUUAACUCCAUGUCAGUAUUUGAGUCUUUACCCAUUUCCUCCUACUGUACUCAAGCUGAAGUGAAACAAACCGGAAGUAUCUUUUCUAUAGUGUGCAAAUUGCAGGAAUUCCUUAUCAGUUUUUAA